AUGGCUGAUAACUUGACACUGGUAGUGGUUGGGGACGAGGGCGUGGGGAAAUCAGCGCUUGCAGUGCGGUUCUGUCUAGACCAAUUCGCCGAGGGCUUCGAACCAACGAUGAAUGAUUCAUAUCGCACGCGAAUGGUGGUUGACAACAGGCCUUGCAUCCUCGAGAUUAUAGACACGGCGGGGCGUGGGGAAUAUGCUGCGCUCCGUGAAGAUUACAUUCGCGAUGGGGACGCAUUUAUUAUUGCAUACAGCAUCACCUCUCGGGAGUCCUUCUCUCAUGUUCGAACGUACUACAGCAAUAUCAAACAAGUGAAAGAAGACAUGGAGGCGGAAAAUACUUUAAAGCUGUCGCCCUCCAAGCGCCCGGUUCGUUCGCCCAUCAUCCUGGUGGGUACUAAGAAUGAUGUGCAAGCUCAGCGUGAAGUCUCCCACAAGGAAGGACGGAUGCUCUCAAAGUCGCUAGACUGCUGGUUCUAUGAAACAUCACCUAAGUGUGGCUCAGAUGUAGAGAGGGCGUUUAGUGAUGUUAUUAGAUGCUUUCGGCAAGAGAAUCUUCCCGGUCAUCCCAAACCUCCAGCGUCGAAGCGAUCAAGGAAGGGUCAACAUAGACGGAAGGUCCAUGACGCACGCAGGUGCAUCGUUUCGUAA